AGCCCCAGAGCUGACAUCUGCCCGACCUGCCAUGGGCCCCAACCUGCUACUGCUGUUGCUCCUGGGACUGGCAGGCCAGGGCUCGGCGGGCACCUUCCCGGAGGUGCUGCAGGCCCCCGUGGGGGGCUCCAUUCUGGUUCAGUGCCGCUACGGGCCCCAGGACAUCAAGGCUCGGAAGGUGUGGUGCCGGCUCUUGCCAGAGGGGUGCCAGCCCUUGGUGUCCUCGGCUGUGGAUCGCAGAGCCCCUGGGGGCGAGCGCAUGUUUCUCACCGACCUGGGGGGCGGCCUGCUCCAGGUGGAGAUGAUUACCCUGCGGGAGGAGGAUGCUGGCGAGUAUGGCUGCGUGGUGGAGGGGGCCACGGGGCCCCAGACGGUGCACAGAGUCGCUUUGGAUGUGCUCCCUCCAGAAAUGUUUUAA